ACCUUCAUCGAGGGCUGCGUGUGUGUGCACAACGACCUCCGCACCAAAGUCCAGCCAGCCGCCAGCAACAUGCGGUACAUGACUUGGGAUGCAGCUUUGGCAAGGACUGCGAGGGCAUGGGCAAAUAAAUGCAUUUUUGAACAUAACAUAUACUUAAAUAAGAAAGAUCAGUGCCAUCCUAAUUUCACAUCUAUUGGAGAGAAUAUUUGGGUUGGGAGUCAUCAAGCAUUCAAUGUUGCUGAUGCCAUUAAAUCGUGGUAUGAUGAGGUCAGAUUCUAUACUUUCGCAGUGCAGAAAUGUACUAAGGUUUGCGGUCAUUACACUCAGGUUGUUUGGGACUAUUCAUAUAAAAUUGGCUGUGCUGUUACUCUUUGUAAGGAAGUUGCAGGAAUACGAAAUGCAGCAAAUUUUGUUUGCAACUAUUCACCCGGGAGGAGACGGUGA